AUGAGCUCUCAAGGCAACGUAUUUUCAGCGCUACAGCCAGAGAAACGCAAGAAAAAGACAAAUGAAGUGCCAAAGAAUACGAUGUUUGCGUCUUUUGUGAACAAAUCAUCGACGUCUGCAUGGGGCGAUGACAGUGAUGAUGAGAUUUACGUUGCUGCUACUUCAGUUACUGAAUCAUCAGUUGUUGCUGAAGAAGGAGAAGAAGAUGAAGACGACGAUGAUGAAGAGGAUGAAGAGGAUGAGAGUGAGGAUGAAGAGCCGAUGGCAAGUGUAGCUCCCAAGAAGACAGUCAUUCCUCACCGCACACUAUCUAAGAAGGAAAAGAAGGAGUUGGAAAUGAAGGAGUUUGAAGCGGCACUGGCUGAUCUUGGAAUACAAGCACAAGAUACACAGACGUCGUCAAAGAAGGAAAAUGAGAUUGUGAAGGUAGAGACACCUUUGACCACGGGUGCAUCGGACAAGAAGAAGAAAAAAAAGAAGGGCAAGAAACCUUGCAAGAUUCUUGAUCCAGAGACUGAAAUGGCUGAAAUUGUCGAUAUUAAGGCUGUGCCAAGAGCAAGAAUAAGGCCAAGAAAGACAAAAGUAGCUUUAACGAGUUCUCCAUCUAGAGGAGAGACAGGUGGUGUUCGUUAUGGCAGCCUCCAAAGCUUGCUUUUAGCUAGUGUCACGCAAUUCCAAGACUCGAUCAAGUAG